AUAAACACUGCGUGGGCUUGGAUCCCAUACUUUCUACCCGGAGGUUCGUCUCGUCCUACACAACAAGAUUAGCCAUGGCCAACGACAGACAGUACCACCUUAAAUUUGACAGCACUAACGCGAAAUCUGUUGACCAAUAUCUGGAAUAUAAAAGGAUUGUCGGCGAUGAUGACGGAGGGACAAUGUUUACGCCGGAGGAGUUUGAGGAUUAUAAAAAGAACGUUCUACCAAAGCGGAUGAAGAACCGUCUGUACACAAGCUGGUCGUCCCCAACAGGAAUGGACUGUAAACUUAUUGGACCGGAGACGCCAUGUUUCUGCAAACACAGGUAUAAGCAACACAAGACGGAUUUCGAUGCAAUUCCCACAGACCGGCCUAUUUUGUUGCCAUGCCGACAGAAGGGAUGCAAGUGCGCCACCUACCAUUACAUACCUAUGAACGGAAGUCAGCCAAUCAGGUGCAGCACGUGCAAACACACUGCAGAUGAACACUCGGAGGAACAGCCACGGCUCGUGUGCAAACGCAGAGGGUGCAGCAAAUGCACAGGAUUCACCAGCUCCUUCUCGUGCGCAUGCGGAGCCGUCCUGAAACAGCACAACAUGAUUGUAGAGACAGCAGAUGAGAGGGAGGCGAGGGGACAUCCCCUGGGGGAGGCCACACCCUAUGCGGCCAUGGGAGGGAUCACUGGGUUUUCCUCACUGGCUGAAGGCUACAUGCGUCUGGACCCCAGUGGUAAAGGGGCGCCAUCUAAAGGCUAUCUGGAACAGUCCAUCACCUCAGCCGAUAAUCCGUACCUUCGCUCCAACGUACAGGCCAUCAAGUCUCACCAGAUGAGGAAGAAACAGUCGGGUCUGACGGGUCCAGAAGACGAGAUCUUUGAUGACAUCACAGAGCGGGUGUCGCAGAUGAGGCGACCCGGAGAAGAUGAUUUAGAAUAUUACGAGAGGCGACACCAAGAACGGCAAAGACACUUGCAGUCGGGUCCAGCCCAUACUUUAGAUCCUAACCAGCUCCAUGCAGGGUCACGGAAGGCCAUACAGGACAAGCCGUCAUCCGGCCGUCCAAAGUCCAAGAAAUAAACUCCACCUCCAGUAAAAAGCAAAGGGAGAUAACCCAUGUAGCUUUAGGACCUAAUGAACGAACACACGAGUGUUAUAAUGGUGCUUUGAUUAUACCGAUAAUCCGUCCUAUUAACAAUACCCGUUUCAAUUACAUCCGUCCUGUUAGUUUGUAAUAGCUUAUUCCGAAGUGUCUGCAGUUCUCGUAUUAUGAUAAUAAAAUGUUACUUUUACUACAGUAUGUCUAAAUCAAGAAGUAGUUAAUUGAAGAUACAUUAUUUGUGUACCUACAUUUGAAAAAAGCUUAGAUAUUUACAAAGAUAUCUUAAAAUAUGUUGUACAUUAUAUUGUUAUUAUCACGAAGGGCUUUAUAUUUUAUUAUGUCUAUUUAUAGAUUAUUUCUACAUAAUGUAAAAUACAAAUGUACAUUGUAUUUGUAUUACAUUAUUUUGUUGUAUAUGUCAAAUAUUGCUAUUAUAUUUGUUUUAUCUUGUGCCGAUGAUUUCUUAUACCCGAUUGCAAUUAUCAACAUGCUGUGAUGUUUAAAUUUCUGGAUUUAUAUAAUUAGUCUUCUAUGGGGUAAGAAUAUACUUGCCCUCAGACGAGCCCCCAAUAAUUCGACUGGAUAUUGGGUUAAUACGAAAUUCGCUACGAGUUGAUGGACUCAAUAUUCAUCAAUAAUAUAGAACCAACCAUUUGAUUGUAAGACAAAUUGAUAACCAAGAGAACUCACUCAUGAACAACACCAAUCUGUCCUUACAAACACUGGCCCUUGGAAGGUGUCAACCGAAUUAGAAUAGGCUUGAUCAUUGGUAAGUCGGUCUAUGUUGUAUGGUAAGUGAGACAUCUGGAUGACAAUUGGCACUAUAAUGGCGGUGGUAAUUAUAUAAAUAUGACGGUCAAUUGUGGUUAGAGGGUGGCACAACCGAAUUAAUCAGGGUGCUGAGAAGAUGGCACAGCCUAAUUAAUCACGGUGCUGAGAAGUUUGCACAGCCUAAUUAAUCACUGCGCUGAGAAGUUUGCACAGCCUAAUUAAUCAGGGUGCUGAAAAAUUGGCAAAGCCAAAUCAAUAAAUGUGCUAAGAUGUUGGCACAACCUAAUUAGUCAGUGUGCUAAGAAGUUGGCACAACCUAAUUAGUCAGUGUGCUAAGAAGUUGGCACAACCUAAUUAGUCAGUGUGCUAAGAAGUUGGCACAACCUAAUUAGUCAGUGUGCUAAGAAGUUGGCACAACCUAAUUAAACAGUGUGCAAAGAAGGUGACACAGCCUGAUUAAUCACGGUGUUGAGAAGUUUGCACAACCCUAAUUAAUCAGGGUGCUGAGAGGUUGGCACAACUGAAUUGCCAGUUGUAAAAAAAUUCAGAACAGAAUCAAUACUUGUUAAAAGGUGGCCCGACUUUCUACACGGGUAAUGACAUGGCGAUGGGACAACCUAGUUAGUGAUGAAUGGAUAGUACAACAAAAUGAUAAAAAUAAUGGCGGCUGAAAUAGCGAGGCUCGACUGUGAUGUUCUCAUCCAUGUUAAUAAUUUAAUUCUGAUGAUUUUUUGUGUGAUAUAUACCGGUACAGGUGUUUGUGAUACAUCUAUUUUGGAUACAGCUGCUCACAGAUAUACAUGUAUACAUUAUUUUGUUUACAAUUAUUAUUUACCGGACAAACAUUCCCUUCCAUGGAAAAAGUCCUCCCAGCAUCAAUAAAACUUCAAUAAAGUAAUUGAUAUUUCAA